CCCUGCACCCACAGCAAUGACUGAAAGUUCGACAAAAUGUGCCUUUUGGUAGACUAAUUUUCACUAGCCAAAUUUGGUGGAGAUGAGCUGAUCGGAGCAGAGACAGAGUUUCUGGCGCAGUUUUCGAAUUCUGAAGUCGAUUUAUAUCAUAAACUGAUGUCUCCUGAAGAUGUGAUUUAAAAGUCAGCAUGAGUCAGAGUCAGGGGUCCUCAUCAACCUGGAGGGGAGGAGGAGAUACCAGAGAAGAAGGGGGAGCAAGGGGAAGAGGGGGGCGAGGAGGAACCAAUUGGAGAGGACGAGGGAACACUCGAGGAAACUAUUUCAGUACAUACCAGAGUAAUGGAAGAGGGGGAGGAGGUAGAGGAUGGAGAGGCCAAGGAGGAGGUGAUAGAGGUAGAGGUGGAUGGAGAGGAAGAGGAGGAGGUGGAUGGGGAUCAUGGAAUAACAGAGGAAGAGGUGGUGGCUUCGGAAGUAAUGUUUCAAACAAUACUGUCCCGGUUUCAAGUACACGCCAUUCUGAGUUAGAGAAUAUUGCUAAUAGUCUUAUCCCCUAUAAAGGAUGGAGGCUGUACUUCACAGAUGAAGCAUACAGUUCAGAUUCCCCCACAGUAAGCAAGAUAGAAACCUUUGAGGUCUUCUUCAGACCAAGACUACCAAAAUAUGACAAGACUGAGAUUGAUCAACGAGGAAGCAUUCUAGUUGACUGUAAGGAACUCUUGGAGGAUGAAUCAGUAAAGACUGUCCUUCCAACUCUAAAAAAUGAGAUAAGGGAUAUGCCUCAGAAAAUCAUCAAUUGUCUAGGAGUAGCUUUCCAUCAGGUUUGGACCAAAGAUCUAGAACAACAAGCAGCAGUUUUACAAGAACAAGAAAACUCUGAGAACCAGUCUCAACAAUCUGUUGACAUUCCUCCUAUGUUAGUUCAGGUGCCAUUGAUUCAUGCCAGAAUACUCAACUAUGAACCAAUAACAGCCUUCAAAAAUUUGAAAGCUAAUUGCUAUGGUAAAUUUGUAUCUGUGAAGGGUACAGUAGUAAGAGUCAGCAAUAUAAGACCAUUAUGUACCAAGAUGGCAUUCCAGUGUAAUACAUGUGGAGAUAUUCAGAUUGUCCAUCUACCUAAUGGAAAGUACAUCCUACCAACCAAGUGCCUUGCCCCAGAAUGUAGAGGGCGCUCCUUUGUACCCAAGCAGAGAUCACCUCUGACGGAGACAGCCGAUUGGCAAACCAUAAAGCUACAAGAGAUAGUUAUGGAUGAGCAGAGAGAAGCAGGACGUAUACCAAGAACAGUAGAAUGUGAACUCAUGCAUGACCUUGUGGACAAUUGUGUACCGGGAGAUACAGUUACAGUCAGUGGGAUAGUCAAAGUAUCAAAUGUAGAUGAAGGGAAAGGACGUAACAAGGAUAAAUGUAUGUUCCUCCUGUACAUCCAUGCCAAUUCAUUAUCAAAUCUGAAGAAAGGUAAGAAGAAUACAGAUGCUAAUGGUGGGAUAGGUGGUGCUGCAGUGGACUUCAGUAUCAAAGAACUCUAUGCUAUACAGGAGAUACAGAGUCAAGAAAACUUGUUCAAACUCAUCGUAGGAUCUAUGUGUCCUUGUAUCUAUGGCCAUGAGUUAGUGAAAGCAGGACUUAUUCUUGGAUUAUUAGGUGGAACACACAAGUACACCAAUGAUAAGAACCGAAUCCCAGUUCGAGGAGAUCCUCAUAUUCUUGUUGUGGGUGAUCCAGGGCUCGGCAAGAGUCAGAUGUUGCAGGCUGCUUCUAACAUUGCUCCUAGAGGGGUGUACGUCUGUGGAAACACAACAACUACCUCAGGUUUGACUGUGACUCUGACCAAGGAUGGUUCUACAGGAGAUUACUCAUUAGAGGCUGGAGCAUUGGUCCUGGGUGACCAAGGUUGUUGCUGUAUAGAUGAGUUUGAUAAGAUGGGUUCUCAGCAUCAAGCUCUUCUGGAAGCCAUGGAACAGCAAAGCAUCAGUUUAGCCAAGGCUGGUGUGGUGUGUAGUCUUCCUGCCAGGACCUCAAUCCUAGCAGCUGCUAACCCUGUGGGAGGUCACUAUAAUAAAGCUAAGACUGUCUCUGAAAAUCUCAAAAUGAGUGGCCCUCUGUUGUCUCGGUUUGAUCUAGUGUUCAUCUUACUUGACAAACCUGAUGAGGAGAUGGAUUCUUUACUCUCUGAACAUGUGAUGGCGAUUCAUGCUGGCAAGCAAAGAGCAAUGAGUGGUGUACGUGUGAUGAGGCAUCCCUCUGGGUCUAUCACAACAGCUGAGGAUGAGGAAGCAAGACGAUUGUGGGAAUCUGAAAGGCCUCUCUCUGAGAGACUCAAGGUAGGACGAGGUGAAGCCUUUGAUCCUAUCCCACCCCAAUUACUCAGGAAGUACAUUGCCUAUGCUAGGAAGUAUGUCUACCCCAAACUCACUCCAGAAGCUGCUACUGUCUUACAGAAUUUUUACCUUGAGCUUCGUCGCCAGCAUCAGGGUUUAGACAGCACACCAAUCACCACAAGACAGCUAGAAUCAUUGAUUCGUUUGACUGAAGCAAGGGCUAGGUUAGAGUUAAGAGAACAGGCUACACAAUCUGAUGCUGAGGAUGUAGUUGAACUUAUGAAGUUCAGUAUGAUAGAUACCUACUCGGAUCAAUUUGGCUUUCUAGACUUCCAGAGAUCUCAGCAUGGAUCUGGAAUGAGCAGUAAAUCUCUAGCAAAGAGAUUUGUAGCUGUUCUGAACAGAGUUGCAGAAAGGACUUAUAACAACAUCUUCACUAUGCAACAUCUUAGAGAACUUGCCCAGGAAGCCAGCAUCCAAGUUCCUGACUUUGAUGGUUUCAUAGCAUCCCUCAACAAUCAGAACUAUCUUCUCAAGAAAGGACCAAGAGUCUUCCAACUCCAAACAGCCUCUUUCUGAGUAUCCGCCCAAAAUAAUUAACAAAGCGGGUAAUUCAGAAAUGAUCAGCAUGCAUUUACAUUAUACUUGUGGUAUAUUCAUGAAAAUGCUUUCUAAAUGACUAGAGCAUUGAAAAGGGACCAGUGUUGGUCUGUGGAAUGAAAACUCCAAGAGAUACUCUUCAUUUCCAAAGAUAAAUAAGUAAGAGUCUUGUGAGUAUGAACUCAUUUAUUGGAUGUACUCUUCCUGAGAAUGUUCAAGCAAGACUUCACCACCCCUCUGCAAGUAGAGCUGGCUUUUCCAUGAUUAUCCUUUGAGUGACUAUUGUAAGGAGAGGGGGUUACUGUGCUUCUGUAAGAAAACUCUGAGGGGUAUGAUUAUCCAUUUCCAAAGGUAAACCUAAUGUCUUGUGAGUAGAUCUAAUUGUCUAUACUUGAUUGGCUCUUCUCUUAAGAAUAUAUAUCAACAAGUUUUCCAACUUCAGAAACUCACAGAGUACCUGUGAGUCUUAAACAUUUCUGUAUAAAUGUUAAUAGCUGAUUGAAUAAUGUACUUUGACCUUAAGGAAUUAUAAAAUUGGUCUUCUGGAGCAUGACUACAUCGGACUGCUUCAAGGAAGUGUAUUUUAAGAAGUCAAAUUUGUGUAGGCCUAUGCCUGUUGGAGGAUAUUUUCAAAGUGACCGGCUUCAUGCAAUGCUGAUAGUAGUGAAGAGUAUCCAUGUUCCUUGGCAUUGACAAUGUAGUCUGUGCUAACAACUUUCAUGAAAUGCCUCUCUCCUCCCCUUUCUUUGAAAGUUAGUCUGUAAACCACAGCAGUAUAAGCUAUUAGAGCAGAUUUUAGAAGAAUGAACACAUGUAGAGAUCAGAAACAGCUUUAAUUGUAUUUAAAACCUAAGAUUUAAAACCAAAUAGUUUGUUGAAUUCUCUGCAGGCCCUAUGUCUGAUGGUGUUGAUAAGGGUUUCAAAUGUCACACACUUCAAAAAGUUGUCAAUAUACAUUUGUACAUUUUGUUGUAAAUGCUUGUAUUAUUCAAUCUCAUCCUCAAAAGGGUAGGGUUGUCAGGCUAUCAGCAUCUUUUGAUUUUAGUCAAAUCAACUCAAAAGGCAGUAUUUGUAAAUAAGACAAUAGCUAUUUAUGAAAAUAUUUGACCAUAUGUUGACCUGUUUGUAAUAAAUUCUAAAUUUCAA